AUGAGCAGCAGUCAGAUCUACAGCCAGCCUUCGCUAACCGGCUCAGGCACCCACGAGUCGGCACAGCUCGCCAUCGCCAUCGAUGCCCUCAAGGCCAACCCCAACCCGGUCCGCCUCGAGGACUUUGCCCUCUCAAACGCCCUACCCACCCUCCUCGACCCCAACAGCAACCUAUUCCACCGCUUCAAGUCUCACGAGCGCGUACAGCACGAUACAAAGACCGACCUAUGGACUUACAAGCCGGAUUUCAACCUACAUUCACCCGCCGACCUCGUAAAGCUGCUCAAGGAGCGCUACCACCAUCCGGGUGCUGGUUCGACCAAGUCCACGAGCGCCGGGAUGCGCCUCGCUGAGCUGCGCGAAUCCUACCCGGCCGCAAAGGAGGCCAUCGAGGAGCUGUCCAAGCACGAGCCCAGAGAGGACCGCGAGGUCCUCGUCCUGCGCGGCCAGAAGGAUAACGCCAUCAAGCAGGUCUUUUGGAACCCGCUGCGCGGAUCAGAGGCAAAGGGCGUCGAUGAAGAGUUCAAGACGAUCUGGCACGAGCUCAAGGUGCCGGACCUGGUAGACCUACCAAAGGAGCUCGAAAAGGAGGGUCUCAGUACCACCGACAUGCUCGACGCCCCCAUCCCGGCCAGCGCCCUCGCCAAGAAGAAAAAGGGCAAAAAGGGACCCGGGCAGCGCCGCUUCAAGCUGCAAAACACCCACCUCGAGGGCGUCGACCUCAGCACCGAUUUCAUCAAGAAGCCCUAG